AAAUCAGUCCUUCCAAUUUUUCAAUUUUCAAACUUUUUUUUUUCUUUCUUGACUCUUAAUUAAUCUAGCUACAUUUUCUGAUUACUAAAAAUUAAUUUAAUUAAUAUUAUUAAUCUGUUACUUGAAAUAAAUAAAUACCCAAAUUGCUGAAUUUAUAAUCUAACCUUUCGGUUCAUUGUACUUAGUUUUCCUUGCUUUAAUUUGUCAUUUCUUCGGGGUUUUGUUUUAUGGGAAUUAUGUGCCAGUAUUUAUACACAUUCACAUUGCAUUUUAUCAAAUUUUGCACACAAAUUUAGUAAAAAGAUUGUUUUUUUCCCUAGUAUAUUGUCAUAAUUGUGUAAUUUCUUGGAAAAAAAAUUGCUUUUGUUGGUUUUUAGCAUUUUUUUUCUGAAAAUUGAAGUAGGUUGUUGAAAAUUCUGUUCUUGCAUGAUUUCCUUAUUUGGGAUAUAUAUUUUGUUUAUCUUUCUAAUUUUGGGUUAUUCAAUUUUAGAUCUUAAAUUGGGAACUGGGUUUCUGGAUUUAUGUGGUGAAAGUUUCAUACACUAGAGUAAAAAGUUAAUUAUUUUACUAAAUUUUAGUGGUAUUAUUAAAAAUAUUUCCCUCCAAUUAAAUUAAAAAUUCUUAAUUGUCUUUUGUGAAAAAUGCAUGUUUGCCAACAUCUGGCAAGUUUAUAGCAGAAUUUGAAGAUAAGUGUUGGAAAAUAAUUUCUGGGCUUGUGCAAAAAUGUUGUCUUUUUAUGGGUUUCUGGGUUUACAAUUUUAAUGAGCCUAAAAAUUUUAAAUUUUUUUCAUAAUUUUGAAAAAUAUCACCUUUUUUGAGGUGGGUUUAGGAUUAUUUGGAUCUGGGUAGUUUAAAUUCAAGAUUAAUUUCAGCAAAAGUGAAAAUUGGUAGUUGGGUUUUUUUUUUUUUUUUCAAAUUGGUCACAGAAUUCAUAAGUUUUGUCACAAGAAAAGUGUUUAGGGAUAAUAACCCAAGUGGAUUUUUCCAUAAGUGUACGCAUUUAGGUCUAUUAAAGGAGGUAAAGAAGAGAGAGAAAGAAGAUAGCAGUAGAGAGAGAAAGUGAAAGAACACCAUUGUUGAUAAUGGGACAUUCUGCAGCAGUUUGGGAUUACAAAGUUGCUAAUGAAAUCACCCAAGAUUGGAAUGGAAAUCCUCAAGUUGUUCUUAGGAAUCCUCAUGGUGCUUUAGUAAGAGUCAGUUUGCAUGGAGGACAGGUUAUGUCAUGGAAAAAUGAACAUGGAGAAGAACUUUUAUUUACCAGCAACAAGGCUCUCUUUAAGCCACCAAAAGCUAUGAGGGGCGGAAUCCCCAUUUGUUUCCCUCAGUUUGGAAACCGUGGGUCGCUUGAACAACAUGGGUUUGCCAGGAACAAAGUCUGGUCCAUCGAAGAAAGUCCCCCGCCACUGCCACCCAACGAUUCCAAUGGAAAAUCCUAUGUUGACUUGAUUCUGAAACCGUCAUCUGAAGAUCUCAAAUUCUGGCCACACAGUUUUGAGUAUCGCUUGAGGGUUGCUCUUGGGAUAGAUGGACGUUUGUCGUUGAUAUCUCGGAUUAGGAACGUUAAUGGAAAGCCUUUUACUUUCUCAUUUGCCUACCACACCUAUAUGUCCGUAUCGGAUAUCAGCGAGGUCAGGAUAGAAGGAUUGGAAACGCUUGACUAUCUAGACAACCUCUCUCAAAAAGAACGCCGCACUGAGCAAGGAGAUGCUUUGACAUUCGAGAAUGAGGUGGAUCGUGUUUAUUUGAGCUGUCCGAAUGCUAUAGCUGUUAUUGACCAUGGAAAGAAGAGAACGUUUGUGAUCCGAAAGGAAGGCUUACCGGAUUUGUAUGGAAUCCAUGGGACAAAAAAUCAAAGGCGAUGGUUGAUCUUGGGGAUGAAGAAUACAAGUAUAUGCUUUGUGUUGACGGAGCAGCAGUCGAGAACCCGAUUACGCUCAAACCCGGAGAAGAAUGGAUGGGGAGGCUCGAGCUGUUAGUCGUGCCUUCGAGCUUUUGUAGUGAUCAUCUUGAUCUGCACAAAGCAUAUUUCUAGAAGUGCAAAGUAAUGAAGUUAAAUGUAGCUAUUUCUAGGAUAAUAAAAAAUAUAUAUAUAUAUAUAUAUAUAUAUAUAUAUAUAUAUUUAUGUUUGCUGAAAUUGUUUUUACCUUUCAGCAGGAAAAUGUAUCCAAGGUUAUCUUUGAACAAACUAGGAUAAUUUCAGUGUUUAAUAUAUCUCUAUAUUUAUAGGAAAUCUCCAUUUUUUUUUUUUAUAUAUAUUUAUAUAAUGAAAAAGUGCAAAAUUUAAAAUGUAUUUGAUAUGAAUAAUGGUUAAAAAAGUUGGAGC